CUCCCCACGAAGGGCUGGGUCACGGGCACCCCUCUGAGACGGAGGCCGGCCGCUGGAGACGGGGCGUAUGUGGCAUGGUUGGGAGGGCUGCUAGCUGGGGCAGUAUCUCCGGCGGGUCCCUUGGCCUGGCCCCCUCCCCGCUCCCCGCUUUCCCCGCGGCAGCCCCAGUCCCCAGGCUGGAGAAGAAGAAAAAGUAGCGCUCGCAGCGCCCUAAUGAUUGGAGGAGGCGCCAUUACAUCAUUUUUGCCUGGGCUGCCUGGCUGGUUUUCUUGCAUUGGGGAGCAAAGUGUGAGCGCGCUUGUUAGUAGGAGCGGGAGGCACAUCUGGGGAGGAGGGAGGGAAGGAGGGCUUCGCGCGGUCCGUUCACACGCGCACCCGCCGCCACCGGCCUCCGCCAGCACGCACGCCCUCGCCCGGAGCGGUGCUGGCCAGUCUGUGCCCAAACUCCUCUCCAGCCCCAGGUCAGAGAGGAGUCAGUUGCGGGGGCGGCGGGAAGAUGCUCCAGAGAAGGUCCCGUGAAGCGGAUCCCGGAGGGCGAGGACUCCUCCAUCUCCUCUGAGCGGCACUUGCUGCCGAAGUGCAGGAAAACGCGCCAUGGGCUUUGAGAACGCCACGGACAAGCGGUGGGGCAUGUCUGACUCGACAUACAACCUCUCCUCUCCAUCUUUGACAAGGAUGUCCAACUUCACCAAUGACAGCUUCUCCAAGAACAAUGACAGCGCCAGCAAGUAUAAGACUGUGGAGUUGGUUUUCAUAGCAACCGUAACUGGAUCACUUAGCCUUGUCACUGUGGUUGGGAAUAUUUUGGUCAUGCUGUCCAUCAAGGUAAACCGCCAACUCCAGACGGUCAACAACUAUUUCCUCUUUAGCUUGGCCUGUGCUGACCUGAUAAUUGGAGUCUUCUCCAUGAAUCUCUACACAGUCUAUAUUAUCAAGGGCUACUGGCCACUGGGGCCCGUGGUGUGUGACCUCUGGCUGGCUCUGGACUAUGUGGUGAGUAAUGCCUCUGUUAUGAACUUACUCAUAAUCAGUUUUGACCGCUAUUUCUGUGUGACCAAACCACUGACCUACCCAGCUAGGCGGACAACCAAAAUGGCAGGGUUGAUGAUUGCAGUUGCUUGGAUAUUAUCCUUUAUCCUUUGGGCGCCCGCCAUCUUGUUUUGGCAGUUCAUUGUUGGGGAGAGGACAGUUGAAGAAGACAGUUGCUACAUCCAGUUCCUCUCCAACCCAGCUGUAACCUUUGGCACCGCCAUUGCAGCUUUCUACCUCCCAGUGAUCAUCAUGACUGUGCUGUACAUCCACAUCUCGCUGGCGAGCCGGAGCCGCAUGAGAAGGCACAAGCCUGAGAGCAAGAAGGAGAAGAGGUCAAAGCCACUCAGUUUUUUGAAGACCCCUUUGGUAAAGCAGAACAACAACAACUCUCCCAAAAAAGCAGUAGAGGUGAAGGAGGAGGUGAAGAAUGGGAAAGUUGUGGAGCAGCCCUUGCAACAGUCGGAGACCACUGGCCAUCAAGAGGAGAAAGAGACUUCCAAUGAAUCCAGCACAGUAAGCAUUACUCAGACCAACAAAGAGAAGCAGGUGCUGGAAAUUGCAUCCGUUGAUCAGGGGCAGAGCCCAGCUCACCCACGGGCUAAUCCUGCCUCCAAGUGGUCCAAAAUAAAGAUUGUUACAAAGCAAACUGGUACUGAAUGUGUCACCGCUAUUGAGAUUGUCCCAGACAAAGAAGCUAGCUCCACUGCAAUUACCUUGUCAAACAGCCGCCCAGCCAACGUUGCCAGGAAAUUUGCUAGCAUUGCCAGGAGUCAGGUGAGGAAGAAGCGCCAGAUGGCAGCCCGGGAGAAGAAAGUCACCAGAACCAUCUUUGCCAUCUUGCUAGCCUUUAUCCUGACAUGGACACCUUACAAUGUGAUGGUCCUCAUUCACACUUUCUGCUCUUGUGUGCCUGACACAGUCUGGUCCAUCGGGUACUGGUUGUGCUAUGUCAACAGCACCAUCAACCCAGCUUGCUAUGCCCUUUGCAAUGCCACAUUCAAGAAAACCUUUAAGCACCUGCUCAUGUGUCAGUACAGGAACAUCGGCACAGCAAGAUAAUCUGAAAUGGAAGGACGGCUUGACAGAGCUACUGUGGAGACUCAUUCUUCUGUUCUCCAGGCAGACAAACAUACUGUUGUAAUUACCAUUAGAUUCCUGAGGGAGCCUUCACCCAAUGCAAAUUAAAGCCAGAGAUAAGACAAAGCACCUUUUAAUUGUUCAUGGCCCUCAAGCAUCUGGUAAUCAAGCAUCCCUUCCACCUCCAUGACCCUUGACUAUGCUUCUCCAGAAAACAAAGGCAAGCAAGGACAAGGGUUGGAUACUGCUAGAAGGUGUCACAGUUUACCUGAACAAAUAUGAUGGAACUUGCAUUAACCUUUGAUCUUUUUCAGGAAAAAGUACAGAGUUCUGUGCUGACAGCUAUGCCAGCGUGCUAAGUAGGACAUUUCUAUACAAGAUAAUGGAAUAUAACUGAAAGCCUCUUUGCCUUGGAUGCUUUGAUGGCUUUGCACUUGUGUAUGUAUGAAAGAAUGUGAAUGAGUGCUUACGAAUUCAUAAACAAUGAUCAUGGAGACAGAAAAGGACCAUCUCGGCACUAUUUUCCAAAAUGACAGUGGAUUCUGCUUGGAGCCUAGACUGGUCAUGCCCGGAAACAGGUGACCUUUAUUCCCUUUUAUAAACUUUAGCACUUUGUUCAACUGAGUUUUCCUGUGUCCCCACUGAGAGGGACUUGUUCCCCACAAGCAAAGUAUUCUACAGCCAGAUCAACCGACCUGCUCAGAAGGUUUUCUCUGGGACCUACAGUCAGCCUGUCUUGAUGCCUUCUUGACUCUCUGUGGCAGGAAGUUGAACCAGACAAACAGCUGAAGGGAGAAACUCAUUUUAGGUCAAAGGAAUGACAGCUGUCAUUGUUUUGAAAAGCAACAAGUACCAAUAUCACACAAACACAAUAAGUCAGUAUGGUGACGUUUCUGACCAUGUGCCCAAGAAAAUGCUUCUCUAAAGAUACUUGUGUCAUUGUGCAAUUAAUGGCAGCAACUUUGAGUACAGUGCAUAAAGCCUCCAUGAAAGUGGGAAAAUCUUUCAAAGGGGGUAUAGACUCUUUGAUGUAACCGGGGUUCUGCUUUGGGCUUUUUUGUUUGUUUAAAAAUGCCACAUGCAUAGUGUGUCCUCCUGGCUCCAGGCUACUCUUUAAGGGAAAUUUCCUUUAUCUACUAGAUUUUGGGUUCCAACAGCAGAUUCCUAGAGGGGUUGAGAGAGGAAAGCGAAAGACCUCCCUGCUUCCUACUUCUCUGAGUGCCUGAGGGCAUGCCUCAGAAGAUGGUCACUGAGCUUUGUACAUGGAUGUUACCCUCCCUUUAUUCAGUGUUGUCAUGGAGUCCUCAGCAUGUGGACUCCAGUGUCAGUGUACAGCCAAAAUCCUAGAAUAUUUGUGUACAACCUAGGUCAAUUCAGUUCAACCAUUGUUCAGUUUCUGCAGAGGUCAGAUGGUGCCAGCACCCUCAGGCACAGCAGUGCUGAGUACAGAUUCAUGGCCUGGUAUAGUCAGAGCUGGUGCGGGGUGACACAGUCUCCAUCUCAUGGGGAAGGACUCUCAGCUGGGGAGGUGCAACUGUAUUUGGCCAAAGGCUGCUGCUUCUUUCUGCUGGGGAGGCAGCUGUAUUGCCACUGCCUUUAGAAUAAUUUGCAUAACAUUGCCCAAAAUGCCUUGCAGGUUUUUUUUUUAAUUGUUUCAACUACAGUGGGUCCCACUUAAACAAAUAAAGUAAUUGAACUAAAUAAACAA